UAACAUGAUUUACUAAUGUGUUGUUUCUAGUUCCAGACAUUACACACUGAUAUUCUACAACAGAUGGACAAGAACACCAAGUUAGACAUGCAGUUUAUACACGACAGUCAGAACCGCUAUGAAAUGGAAUAUCGUCACCGAGCCGCUACUCUGGACAAGUGCAUGUCAGAGGUCUGGAAGAUGGAGCGGCAGAGAGACCGUAACCUGAGGGACAUGAAGGAGAACGUUAAUAUGCUGCACUCAGACAUGUUGUCCUUUGUCCGGGAGAGUCAGCGUGCAGCAGAACUGGAAGAGAAGCGCAGAUACCGCUUCCUCGCAGAGAAACACUGGCUGCUGUGUAGCACUUUCUUGCAGUACCAUAACCGGGCUCAGGGGGUGCUACAGACUCGACUGCCCGCAUGGAAGGAGCAGGUUGAGACCAGCAGAACACAGGCUGGACCAGUACCUCAGGCACAGAACUACAACAGAGCAAGCGUUAACGCACGAGACUCCAUGCAAAUGGCACCGAGACCCCUGGGAGAGGUACCUAUAAUGAGUCGCACAGCAAGUCCUGCAGAAAAUGCAGAACAUUCGGAUUUUGCUAAAAGAGGACUACCAAGGACACCAUCAUCCGGUUCUCUAAACAGCAUUCAGCUCCGCACUCGCUCCAGUUCCUUUGGGGAGGUGGCUGUGGCUGCUGUGGCAGCUGCUGCAUCUAGUCCAGGAACUAGAAGAGUUCAGGCUAUCGUAGAUCAUAACCCAGGAGGAAAUCGCACACUUCUCCAGUUUUCCAAAGGUGCUGUCAUUACCGUGCUGGUCCCCGAAGCCCGGAAUGGCUGGCUGUAUGGCAAGCUGGAGAAUCAAUCCACGACUGGAUGGUUCCCAGAAGCUUAUGUGAAAUCUCUGGAUAGAGAACAAGACUCCAGGUCCUUUGCACUGCGCAGUGCACAUAGUACUGGUGACCUCCUGGAUGACAUCCCAGAACCAGAUUACAAGCAGACCCCCCGGGAGCAGGGACCCUCCAACCCAAACAGCCACCGGGGAAGUGUAGCAAGCGCAGCUCCUCCUCCACCACCGCCAAUGGGAGGCCGCACAGGAAAGAAAGCCCAGUCAGGAGGCCGAGGAGACCUGUUCCCCAGGGGAACAAAUCCAUUUGCAACAGUCAAGCUUCGUCCAACUGUCACCAAUGACCGUUCUGCUCCUCUCAUCCGAUGAGGUUCUGGAUACAUUUCCUGCACUGGGAAAGCUCCUCCCCCGGUGCUCCCUGGCCUCAAUGUGCGGUCAGCGGAGAGUCCCAGCCCCCCAUAUCUUACAGCACCUCAGCUCAGCACCCUGUCGCCCAGGUCGCUGGCACUUAGAUUUCUAUGAAUUAUCUGCUGUCUGUAUAUAAUUUCCUGCUGUCCCAGAAGUGAAGACAUCAGUCUGGUUUACAUCAUGUCAUUUACAGACGUUUUGUUCGGAUGUUCCCUGCAGAACCUGUGAUAAAUUACUUGAUUAUUUGUAACAAAAAUGUUUGUAAAUAUUAAAUUAUGUAUCAAGAACUGAUCACCUGACAACACUGUGAAACAAACAUAUUUCUGAAUAAAGAGAUAUGAGCAACA